AUGACGAUCAGCCCUCAGCACAUGACUGCCCUCGGUGUCCUUAACAUGCAGCAGACUCAACAGUAUGUACUGGUUGAAGACCGUAAGGAUGCCCAGGCAUCAGCUCUUCCACAUCCAGCAUGGACCCUUCAGGGGAGCUCCAAUGCCUCCCCGGCCACCUCCACCCCGCCAGCCACCUCCCCGGCGCACGUCCUCAUGAAGCGGGGCCGGAGGGGAGCUGCUUCCCACAUCCACAGCUCCUGUUCGAAUGGCGGACAGUCGAAUCUGCUGAGUGAACUGUUGGACAUCCUCCUGAACCCUGGCAAGAACAUGGACGAAUGGGAGACCAUCGAUUGGUGCAAGUGGUUGAUGGCUGGAGGGAGAACACCUGAUGAGUUCUCCAGUAUCGUACGCCGUUACGACAACGCGACUACGUGCGGCCUGGUGUGGACAGCGAAUUUUGUGGCGUACCGCUGCCGUACGUGUGGCAUAUCGCCGUGCAUGUCGCUGUGUGCCGACUGCUUCAAACGGGGAGACCACGAUGGCCAUGACUACAACAUGUUCAGGUCGCAGGCGGGGGGUGCCUGUGACUGUGGCGACACCAGUGUCAUGAAGGAGACCGGGUUCUGCGCGAAGCACGGGCCGAAAGCGCAGGUGAACAAGCCGCUGGCUCCGUUUGACUUGAUGUGCGUCGCUGAGGCGGUCAUGCCUCGAAUCAUCCUCAGACUCAUUCAACAUCUCAGGGAGAACAGCAAAACAACGUACCUCGACUCGCAACUGGUGGCAAUCCAGGACGCGGAUCUCUUUCUGUCGAUGCUGCAUGAUAUGAGUGCCAUGGGAGCCGCUAUGAGGCGGGUUAUGACCAGUGCUCUUACCAAUCCACAGAUCUACAAACACCUGACGGAGUGUUCGUCUAUGAAAGAUGGGUCAUCAAUGUUGAGCUAUAUGGUCGAAAGCCAGAGAAUGUACGAAGAAGCCGUCAAAACUCUCGCCAACCCCCCUCCACCCCAAGAAUACAAAGACUGCCCAGCCCUGCAAGAGUAUCUCAACCAUAAGACGUUUUUGGAAGAACUCGUGUUUUGGACAGUGAAGUUUGAGUUUCCGCAGAAGAUUGUGUGUCUUCUGCUAAACAUGCUCCCGGAUCUGGAUUACAAGGAGGCCCUGACUCAGGCGUUUGUGCUGCACUACAGUCGUAUCUCAGUGAUGCUUGAGCGAUCCACGGACCCCGACACGCUCUCGAACCGAGUCGUCCAUGUUUCAGUGCAGCUAUUCUCCAAUGAGGCACUCGCCCUCCGUAUGGCCGACAAACUCAUGCUGUUACAUGUCAUGGUUAUCAGUCUCAAGUACAUGAUGAGCAAGAUACUUAUUCCCAAUACACUGCAUGUGAAAGAGAACAACAAGCACAUGGUGGUGGACUGUGGCAAGCAGGUGAUGAAGGAACACUGCUAUUGGCCGCUUGUCUCCGAUUUGAACAAUGUCCUCUCGCAUCGUCCGGUCGCCGUCAAGUUUAUGAGUGACACCAACCUGCUCGAGAUGUGGUUUAAGUUUCUCUCUGUCUUUCAAGGCAUGAACGUGAACCAACGCGAGGUGAACCAACACGUAGAGUUUGAGCCGAACACUUACUACGCGGCGUUUUCUGCCGAGCUGGAAGCCAGUGCCUACCCGAUGUGGGCCCUUCUGUCGCAUCUGUGGGACACAUCACCCACUUCGGUGGGCCUCACCAAGCGUGUCCUAACUUCGUGUCUGGCCGCUCUUCAGGAUUGGCUCGAUGCCAUAGGCAUGAACCACAUGUCGCUCAUAGAUGAUACAUGGAGCGACAACCACCAAGUGUCAUUCCACCUGCCGCUGCAUCGCUACCUGAGCGUGUUCAUGUGCCAAGCGGUCAACGUACAGGGUGUGCCCUUAGCCGAGGUCCUGCCCCCUCUCGACGUGCUACAUCUCAUCAUGAUGCAUCCGCUCCGGGUCCAGGUUGCCUUCUACGAGAUCCUCAAUGGCUUGUGGGUACGAAACGGACUUCAAAUCAAGGGCCAGGCAAUGACCUAUAUCCAGUGCAAUUUUUGUAACUCUAUGGUCGACAGCGAUUUCUAUCUGUUGCAAAUCUGUGCAACGCAACUGCCAGCCGAAACUUUCCUGCAAACUGUCAUUGACAAGUUUCACAUCAACGACUGGUUGAGUUUUUCAACCCCAUCGGCUUCGUCCAGCUCUGGAGGUGCUUAUCCAACAGACACUGACACCCCUAUGCUCGAGAGUUGCCUCACCUUUUUGGCUUCGCUUGUCAGUCUAAGAACGAAUUUGGGUGUGAACUCGAGCCUCCUCUCUCAACUGGAAAUGGUGACCCUACUCUGCAUGGGUGACAAGACUCAUUCACAGCUCAUGGAACUGAUGCCGGAGAGGUGUGGCACGGCGCAGUCACGUGAUUUCGAAGCCAGGUUGGCAGAAGUAGCCGACUACCGAGCGCCCAACCUGGAGGCUAGCGGCAAUAUGCAGCAGGGCAUGUAUGUACCCAAGGCACAUGUUUGGCAGCACAUCUACGACCCUCUUCAUGUGCUACUCAGGGCAGUGCAUAGGCGUGACUUCCAGACAUCUAUGGACAGAUAUGCUGAACACGUGCACCAAACGGGCAAACUGGCACCAACCAGGGCCCCGUGGCCUCCCUACCGUCACCCCACCCCUACCCACGCGGCCUACACGGACCCGCGACGUCUGCUCUGCUGCCGUGUGUUCCACGCGCUCGCCUUCACCAUCCUCUACAAGGCGGUCUCCCUCACUCACACUCUCCCUGAACACGUGAUCAGCCUCAUCAUAUAUCUGCUCGAAAUGUGCGUGCAGUGUGCAGCGCUCGAUCAGACUGAACAACCCAAACAGGUGUGCUCAGCCACAGCGUCUGACUCAGUGAACGCAAAUGACCUGGAGUUUGGCAGUUUCUACGAAUCUGAUUGGCUCUCCAAUAACCUACGCACCACUGUCAACACAAUCACACUCAGUCCCGAACCGGCAAUUGUCAUCAAUUCAGAGAUAUCCGACAGCGAAGGUGAUUUCUUUGACAACUAUCUAUCAAGCGCAUUGGAACUGGAUCUUCCCGCACUAAUGCCUGCCCUCACUCCGCCACCCAAUCAGGAGCAAGGAGCGUCCUCCAACAGCCAAUCAGAGCACUCCAGUCUUCAGGCUGCUAUCAUGGAAGGCCUCCAGUCAGUACCCAACAACUUGUCCCUGCUCGCUACAGCCGCUCAGCUUUCUGUGAUACGCCACACAAACACACAAUCAACUGCAACUGGUCAAUCGUCAACAAGCCACGCCUCCUCAGUACCUGGUAGGGCUGCGAUUGGUCAAUCAUCGUCAAGCUACACCUCCUCGGUGCCUGGCAGGGCUGCUAUUGGCCGAUCGUCCUCAAGCCGUGCCUCCUCCUCCAAAUCAUCCACGCCUGCCAGUGCUGUCAUUACCUUUCUUCUGCAAGCUCCUCCUCAUCUGUGUCUUCUAGGGCUGCCAUUGAUCAAGCCACGCCUAUCAAUGGUAGCCACGCCCACUUCAGCGGAUGCCACGCCUACUUCAGCGGAAGCCACGCCUACUUCGGAAGAACAAGGGGCGGAGUCAACGGCAACCACUGAUAUGCAGCUGAUACCAACCAAUCCUAACCUAGCACUGGAGUUGAAUUCAAAUAGUCAGCAGGAGACUGCAGGAUAUUCCAGGUUGGCCGCCCUGCCAUCGACUAGUGGCGCUGCGGCGGUGGAAAAUGGAACUACGUCGUCAGCUGUAGUCCAGUGUCCAUCAUCCAGGUGUCAGUAUGCCAGUGGCAGUAAGAGGAAUCCCAAAAACCGUAUGCUGAACCAGUUUUCGAGUGAAUCAUCAGCACCACCAGAGCGCAAAGUGAAGGCCAACGAGAGCAUCAUCUCACUACUGCUGAAGCUGCACUCUCAGCUAUCGGGCGUUCCGGACUCGUUCAAUCCGGAUGAAGAAGAUCCGGAUCCGGACAGUCGGAUCGGUGAUGGACCUGUCUUUGUCGGCAAACUGCUGCGGAGGAUCAUGGCGUUGGAUUCAUUGUGCAGAGAAAACGUGAUUGCAGUCAGGGAACGCUUAUGGCCUCGCCAACCUGAAGAAGGAGAGGCAGAAAGGAGAGAAAGAGAGGAAAGAGAACGAGGAGAGAGACGGAGAAGAGCAAAGGAACGUCAACAGAAACUUAUGGAAGAAUUCGCUUCGCAACAGAAACAGUUUAUGGAGAGAACGUUGGAAACAGAAGAUGACGGAAUGGACUGGGAAGCUGGUGAAGAGAAUAGUCAAAUGUUGUCGAAUAAAAAAGAAUACGACUGUGUGAUUUGCAACCAGACCUCGCCCAGUACUGACGAAAAACUUAUGGGACUCGCUGUUCUAGUGCAGGCAACAAGCGUGUUGGGCCACAAACGACGAAGCAGUGAGCCGGCAGUGCUGCCAACUUCCGAUCAAGAGAGAGCGAAUUUCUCUCGCAACGACACACUGGGAAGUGAUUUCGACAGACGUAUCGAAGAAAUCGACCGACACUUCGAUAAGUUAUCUUGGCUAGUCUCCGUUAAUCUAGGAUGGGAAGGAGGUGUGCAUGUGCAGACGUGUGGACACCAUUUGCAUCUAGAUUGUCUCAAGUCGUAUCUACGUUCACUGAUGGGACAACAACGAAUUUCGGCUGAAAGGGGUGAAUACUCGUGUCCACUAUGCCGUCAACUGGCCAACUCAGUUCUACCUCUGCCCCCUGAGCUGGGUGAUUGUGCCGCUGUGGUCAGGUCUAGGCCUUCCUCUCUCUCAGCCAGCAUCUCUGAGCUCACCAACUUCCUCAAGGACAAUCUGCCUGCCAAUCAGGUAAGACAACGUCCAGCCCUUAUGAUAGCCAUGAGCAAACUGAUGGAGGACAUGACCAACUCGACCUAUCUGAAGUGCAAACAGGAGAUAUUCGGCAACUGUAAUCCGCAGAUGUUGUUCCUGUUUGUAAGCUCCGUUGCAAGGACCAACCUCGAGAUAGAGCUGGUGCAACGGGGUGGUUCUCUCUGCUCGCUGUCCUCUAUGGAUCAGUCGUUGAUACCCAAGCGGUCUUGUAUCAUGCCACUUCUUCAUGUACUAGCCGAGCAUGCCAAGAAACUGGCACAGUGGCCAGCCUGGGAGACAUGGCAACAGUUGGCAGGGUGUGCCAGUCAGGAUGACACCGCCCCGGCCCUCAUACCAGCCGAACCACCCAUGCCAUUGAUGCUCAGGGACCCCACGGCUCUCCUCAUUCAUUUCAUAUUACUCUUGCCGUUGCAUCUCGAUCAGACCUACUUUUCGACAGUGGUGAAACUUCUCUACAACUUGGUCUACUUUCAAGUGGUGGUUCAGCUGAGCUGCACAAUGAAGGAACGCCAGCGCUCGUGGUGGCGGAAACGGGAACUAGAAACACCGUGCACCACUCUAGAACACGCCAUGUCUAUGGUUAUAGGCUCUCUAGACCCCACUCACCUGUAUGCCGGUGAGGAGGAAGAGGAAGAGGAGGGGAAGGAGGAGGAAGAAGAGGGGAAACAGGCGGUGGCCGGUGCUAGAGUGAGACACAAAAUGGCGGCUCCCAUGGAGGUGGAUCAUAUGCCAGACAGAGAGGACAUGGAGUUGAAGACUCAGCAAUUGUGUUUGCCGUUCUUGCGUGUGGCAGCUCUACUACGUCAUCACCUGUACGAGCAGCCGAUGCCGGAAAUCGAGAACGCGGAAUCAGAGUUUGUACGCCUUGUGUAUUAUUUGGAGUUGGUCACUGAAGGCAUGGAAUGGAAACAGUUCAAUGCGGCCAGAGCGCUUGCUUGGCCCACCAGUAAUGGGGCGCAUAUUCGAGAUUGGAUGAGACAUUUGGGCGAAUUUAUCCGGCGAAGUCAGCCGGUGGCCCGUAGUUUUCUGUCCGAACAACACAUAGUCUGGCAUCAGCCCAGGCUGCUUACUUUGCCCCAGCUCUAUGACAAGAUAUUCCAGUACUACCACAGGAGACAAUGCCAACAGUGUCACAGUGUGCCAAGGGAAACCAGCAUAUGUCUGCUCUGCGGUGCUCUUGUCUGCCUCAAGGAAAACUGUUGCAAAAAUUCGAAUAUCUGUGAAGCAGUUCAGCAUUCUCUGGACUGCGGAGCGGGGACAGCAAUGUAUCUAGUCGUCACAUCGUCCUAUGUGAUAGUGAUAAGAGGCAAGCGUGCCUGUCUGUGGGGAUCCGUCUAUUUGGAUAAUUAUGGCGAGGAGGAUAGGGAACUCAAACGUGGAAAACCUCUGUACCUAAGUGCUGGACGUUAUCAACUGCUGCAACAACAGUGGCUAGCCCAUAGGUUCGACCAUACCAACAAGAAGUGGGUGUGGCAUAGGGAUGCCCUCUAGUCCAAUCGCGAGCCUGGACUAUGAUGUCAUCCGGCACGCCACGCCCAUCCUUGACAGGCCAUGCUCCUCUGCGGCUAGCCACGCCCAUUUUCGGUUCAAGCCACGCCCAUCUCAGAUUCAAACCACGCCCAUUUAUUUUAUUCAUGCUACAUAUCGUUCUGGGAAGUCAUGCCCAUUCUAGGUUCAAGUCACGCCCAUUCUAGGUUCAAGCCACAUCUCUUUCUAGGAAGUCACGCCCAUUUUAGGUUCAAGUCACGCCCCUUCUAGGCUCAAACCACUACCUCCGUAAACAAAACUGUAGGUAGUGCAUUUGUGUGACGUCAGCUCAGGUAGGGCUCCUACACCAAUGAAAAUUCGUUGAUUGCAGCUGAUCUAUAUCAGCUAGUCUUUUUAUUGGUGUAGGAGCCCUACCUGUGCUGCCGUCACACUAAUGCACUACGGCUUUGUUUACGGAGGUAGUGUUCAAACCCAGUUUCCCAAGUCAAUAAUUUAGUUUUCAGUAAGUAAUGUUUAUUUUUGGAGAAAUUAUGCCAAUCUACAAUAAAAUUGCCAAUCUCUGUUCAAAUCAUGCCAAUCUUGAUUAUGUGAUGCCCCUUCAGGGCAGAUUAUGCUCAUUUUUGAUAAAUAAUUGCUUAGCAAUUAUAAGCUAGAAUUAUGAUAUUGCACUAAUAGCCACGCCAACCAUGCUGUCUCAAAGCCAAUCAGAAGUGAGAAAUCACAUUACAAUUCUACUAUUCAUCCAUUGCUUUCCUACCUUGACAUUCUGUAUCAAAUUUUUGUUACUGUUAUUAUAUAUUAUGAGAUGAGUUUAUGAAUUUUAUUAGUUUAGGGUGAACAAUAAGAAGCUUACAAUACAAAAAUUAUUGAUUUGAUGUAUUUUUUUUAUUUAAUAUUAUAAAUUUGUAGUUGAAGUUUUCUUUUGGUUAUUAUUUUUAUUUUUGAUUUCAAAUUACUUGAAGUUGAUUGGUGGUCCCAAUCUUGAAUUUAUUGAAAAAUGUCCAAAUUACCAAAAAUAUCUAGAUUUGAUAUGAAAUUUACAAAUGUAGUUUUUUCUCUCCCUCUUCUAUGUCUCAUUCAAGUAGCCUACACUUAAUAAAUUGAAUAAUUCUUGCCCUAUAUACAAAUUCAAGUCAAGUAUGCUUUAAUUUCAAUAUUAAUAGAUUGACAAAAAUUAUCUCUUCAAUUUUUGAAUAUUAUCAUUGUUACAAUUCGAGUCCCAAAUUUUCCUACAUAUUUGUCUGUAACUUAAUUACUACACAGACUAGUUGACAAUUAAUCUAGACAAUGGUUGUUACUUUUAAUAUAGAUUACGACGAACAUUAUCUAAUAUGUAAGUUGAUAGAUAUUUUCGAAUUCCGAUAAGAAGUUGAGAACUCCAAUAAUUAUCAUAGUAGAAUUCAAUUUUGAGAGAUUAUUGUUCAAUAGACUAAUGAUAUACUAUCACUGAAAUUGAUGAUAAUUUAUUGAUGAGUCAUCAAUAAUUAGUUGUAUGCCUUGGAUUUUGAUCGCAGUAAUUAAUAUGUAAUUUUUGUAAAUAAAUAACUAAUUACAGAGUUGUUUUUAAAUAAAUUAUAAACAGAUUAAAAUUGAUUAAGAUGUAAGUUUAAUAAUAUUAAGAGUAGGUAUGUGAUAUUUAUAGUAACAAUGAAUUAUUAUGUAUAAUACUAUUAACUAUUACGGAAAUCUUAUGAUUCAUGAAUGAAAAUUAUAUAUAAAUAAAAAAUAUAUUCAAUCAAAUUCUGAUCGUUCUUGACAAUUAAGUAUAUUUUGAGAGCAAAACGAGUGAUUAUUGUUUCUUUUUGUAGAAUAAAAUGUUUCUUGCAACUA